UUAGUUUCAGUAUGCAUGGUGUCAUAUGGGAUAUUUGUUGUCUUCAGAACAAAAUCAUAUCUAUUGAGAGAAUAUUACAAUAUUUUUGCAUCCCUAGUGAACCCCCUUUGUUGGUAGAAGAAAAUAAGCCAAUUCAUGAAUGGCCAUCACAAGGGAAAAUUGAUAUUGUUGGUCUGCAGGUUCGGUAUGCUCCACAUCUUCCUCUUGUCUUGCGAGGUCUUACUUGCACUUUCCCUGAAGGGAUUAAGAUUGGUAUCAUUGGCCGAACAGGAAGUGGUAAAUCGACUCUUGUACAAGCUCUCUUUCACAUGCUUGAACCUGCAGCCGGUAAGAUUAUGAUAGAUGGUAUCAACAUUUUCAAGAUUGGCCUUCAUGACUUGCGGUCAAAAUUAAGCAUCAUCCCGCAAGACCCAACAAUGUUUGAGGGGACUCUAAGAAGCAAUCUUGAUCCGCUUGAAGAUUACACUGAUGAACAGAUUUGGGAGGCUUUGGAUAAAUGCCAACUUGGUGAUGAAGUUAGAAAGAAGGAAGGGAAGCUUGAUUCUCUAGUAACUGAGAAUGGAGAGAAUUGGAGCGUGGGUCAAAGACAACUAGUCUGUUUAGGACGUGUAUUACUCAAGAGGAGCAAAGUCUUAAUACUCGAUGAAGCUACUGCCUCAAUGGAUAUUGCAACUGACUAUCUAAUCCAGAAAACACUUCGGCAACACUUCUCAAGGUCUAUUGUGAUCACAAUCACGCAUAGGAUAACAUCAAUUCUUGAUGUUGAUAUGGUCCUCCUCCUUGAUAAUGGUCUUAUAUUAGAGUAUGAUUCCCCAACCAAAUUGCUAGAAAUCCAAUCCUCAUCAUUUACAAAGCUUGUUAAGGAGUAUACUCAAAGAUGUAGCUCCUAGUAUUUGAAAGUUUAAAUGAGUAAGUUUUGAGUUGUCAGAUGUAAAUAGGUUGCAUUAGAAUGAAGUGAAUUUCUUUUUUGAGGAUGACAAAAAUUUGU